CCAACGCUCAGUUGCUUUCAAUAUAGGACCAACGCCUUCAAUGAUCGUUCAACUUCACUAGGCUCAGCGCUGGGCUCACCGAAUUAAUACUCUUGACUCUACUACGUUAACCUUCGUUCUCCCCCUCUCACUCUUCGAUUCGCGUCCUACCGAGCAAAUUUCCCAGCUUGUAACAACUCUGAGAGUCUAGCAAUGGCGUCGGACGAGGGGCAGAUGAAGCUGCUGCGGCCUGAGGCCGACAAGGGCGAAGAAGUGCCCGAUGUGUAUCGCUCGCUCAACUUCCGCAGCCUGCAGGACCCGUACUCGCACAGCCACGACACGAUGGCCAGUCACUACAGUACACUGCGUGCUGACGACCUCGAGACGAUGCUUAACGGCGGCCUCGAGCGCUUCUACAAGAAGUACAACCACCUGUCGCGUAAGAUCAACCUGCAGCUCCCGACUCCCGAAGUACGCUUCGAGAACCUCUCAUUCUCGGUGCAGGUGCCGGCCGAGGUCGGUGCCCACGGCACUGUGGGUACCCACCUGGCCUCGAUCUUCACGCCGUGGGAGAAGGUUCCCAUGACCACCAAGCACGCGCUGCACCCGAUGAGCGGCAUCAUCAAACCGGGUUCAAUGACGCUGAUCCUGGCCAACCCUGGCGCCGGUAAGUCGACGUUCCUGAAGGCACUGGCCGGUAAAUUGCAGGACAAUUCAAAGACCGAAAUCGGAGGAGAAAUCCUUUAUUCCGGGUUGAAAGGAGAAGAUAUCGACCUCAUUAAGCUCGCAGGACUCGUAGAUCAGACAGACAACCACAUCCCGACGUUAACUGUCCGCGAGACGUUCAAGUUCGCCGAUAUGUGCGUGAAUGGACGUCCAGAAGACCAACCGGAGGAGAUGAGGGACAUUGCAGCAUUAAGAACUGAGCUGUUCAUCCAGAUUUUAGGUCUGGAAGACUGUGCCGACACUGUGGUGGGUGACGCACUGCUGCGUGGUGUGAGUGGUGGUGAACGUAAGCGCGUCACUAUUGGCGAAGUGCUGGUCGGUGGCCAGAGUCUGUUCCUGUGUGACGAGAUCUCCACGGGUCUGGAUAGUGCUGCUACAUUUGAUAUCGUCAAGUCCAUGCGAACGUGGUGCAAGACACUGGGCGGUUCAGUUGUGAUCGCACUACUGCAACCGACUCCCGAGGUGGUGGAGAUGUUCGACGAUAUCUUGAUGAUCAAUGAGGGAUACAUGGUGUACCAUGGCCCCAGGACGGAGAUUUUGGAGUACUUCGAAGGCCACGGGUUCACUUGUCCACCUCGAGUAGAUCCAGCGGAUUUCCUGAUCGAAGUGACGUCCGGAAGAGGCCAUCGCUAUGCGAACGGCAGCGUUCCGGUCAAGGAUUUGGCUGUUUCAUCGGAGGACUUCAACAACCUCUUCUGUCAGUCGAACAUCUAUCGGAAGACCCACGAGGCUAUCAGCAAAGGCUUUAACGAGCACCAGUUCGAGAGUCCGGAAGACUUUAAGAAGGCUAAAAGUGUGGCCAACCUGGCCCGUUCCAAGGAGAAAUCCGAGUUCGGACUGGCAUUUGUCCCCAGUACGAUGCUAUUGCUGAACCGACAAAAGUUGAUCUGGUUGAGAGACCCACCGCUGCUAUGGGGGAAAUUGGCCGAAGCGCUGAUUAUUGGACUCGUCAUGGGUAUGAUCUACUUCGACGUGAGCUCGACAUACUACCUGCGUAUGAUUUUCUUCAGUAUCGCUCUGUUCCAACGUCAAGCGUGGCAGCAGAUCACCAUCUCGUUCCAGCUCCGUAAGGUUUUCUACAAGCAGCGAGCGCGCAACUUCUUCCGUACGACGUCGUACGCUAUCGCUGAAAGUGUGGUGCAGAUUCCAGUCAACCUGGUGGUUUCGUUCGUGUUGGGCACGUUCUUCUACUUCAUGAGUGGCUUGACCCGGACGUUCGAGAAGUACAUUGUCUUCUUCCUGGUGCUUGUAGCGUUCCAGCACGCUAUCAGUGCGUACAUGACGAUGCUGAGUGCUCUGUCACCGAGUAUUACAGUCGGACAAGCGCUGGCUUCGAUCUCUGUGAGCUUCUUCCUCUUGUUCUCGGGUAACAUCAUUCUAGCGGAUCUCAUCCCAGACUACUGGAUCUGGAUGUAUUGGUUCUCUCCGAUCUCCUGGGCACUGCGCAGUAACAUGUUGUCGGAGUUCUCGAGUGAUCGCUACACUGAUGCCCAGAGCAAAGCACUACUGGAGAGCUUCUCGAUCACUCAAGGCACGGCCUACAUUUGGUUCGGUGUGAUCGUGCUGUUGGCCUACUACUUCGUGUUCACGACACUUAAUGGUCUAGCACUGCACUUCAUCCGGUAUGAGAAAUACAAAGGAGUUACACCUAAGGCAAUGACCGACAACGCACCCGAAGAGGACAACGUGUACGUUCAAGUCAAGACUCCUGGCGCACCCGAUCAAUCAGGAGCGAAAGGUGGAGGCCUCCCGUUUACUCCGUCGAAUCUGUGUAUCAAGGAUCUGGACUACUUUGUGACUCUACCGUCAGGUGAAGAGAGGCAAUUGUUGCAGAAGGUGACGGCACACUUCGAGCCUGGUCGCAUGGUGGCGCUCAUGGGAGCGACAGGAGCUGGCAAGACGACGCUUAUGGAUGUGAUUGCUGGUCGUAAGACUGGUGGCCGCAUUGUUGGUGAGAUCUACGUGAAUGGCGAGCUGAAGGAUCCUGCAAACUUCAGUCGUAUCACCGCGUACUGCGAGCAAAUGGAUAUUCACUCAGAAGCUGCAACGAUCUACGAGGCAUUGGUGUUCUCGGCUAACCUAAGAUUACCUCCGAACUUUACAGAGGAGGAGCGUAUGAACUUGGUGCAUGAGACUCUGGAUCUACUUGAACUAACGUCGAUUUCAAGCGAAAUGGUGGGGCGACUGUCGGUGGAGCAGAAGAAACGCGUGACAAUUGGAGUGGAGGUUGUGUCGAACCCCAGUAUCUUGUUCCUGGAUGAACCAACGAGUGGUCUGGACGCUCGUUCGGCUCUAAUUGUGAUGCGAGGCGUGCAGUCCAUUGCUCGUACUGGUCGCACAGUGUUGUGUACGAUUCACCAGCCCAGUAUUUCCAUCUUCGAGCUGUUCGACGGCCUGUUGUUGCUUCAGAAAGGUGGCUACACUGCGUACUUUGGUGAUCUCGGCGUGGACUCAGUCAAGAUGCUCGAGUACUUCGCCUCGAUCCCUGGGACAGAGGAGAUCCGACCGCAGUACAACCCUGCUACGUACAUGCUGGAGGUGAUUGGUGCUGGUAUUGGACGUGACGUCAAGGACUAUUCGGUCGAGUACAAGAACAGCGAGUUGUGCGCCAAGAAUCGUGAACGUACAUUGGAAUUGUGCGAGGUAUCGGACGAGUUCGUACGCCACUCAACACUCAACUACAGACCCAUUGCCACCGGGUUCUGGAACCAACUCGGCCAAUUGUCCAAGAAGCAGCAGCUCACGUACUGGCGUAACCCGCAGUAUAACUUCAUGCGGAUGUUCCUGUUCCCGAUCUUUGCAGUCAUCUUCGGUACGACGUUCUACCAGUUGUCGGCGGGUAGUGUCAAGAAGAUCAACUCGCACAUCGGUCUCAUCUACAACAGUAUGGACUUCAUCGGAGUUGUGAAUUUGAUGACGGUACUGGAGGUCACUUGUGCCGAACGCGCCGUGUUCUACCGCGAACGCAUGUCGAAUUACUACGGUCCACUACCCUACAGCUUGUCGUUGUUCUUCGCGGAGAUCCCCUACCUUGUUCUAGUAAACAUCCUCUUCGUGACGAUCGAGUACUGGCUGGUGGGCUGGAGUGACAACGCCGGAGACUUCAUCUUCUUCAUGUUCGUCUUCUACCUCUACACGGCGGCGUGUACGUACAUUGGCCAAUGGAUGGCGGUGUUAAUGCCGAACGAGAAGGUGGCGAACGUGGCUGUCGGUGCGCUGUCGUGUUUGUUCAACCUGUUCUCGGGCUACUUGCUGCCUCGGACGGCCAUGAGGCGCGGUUACAAGUGGUUUACAUAUCUGAUGCCAUCGAGUUACUCACUGGCGGCACUCGUGGGUGUGCAGUUCGGUGAUAACGACGACAUCAUCGCUGUGACAUCAGGAGACGAGACCACGGACAUGACGGUGGCGCAGUACAUUGAGGAGACGUACGAUUUCCGACCGAAUCGCAAGUAUAACUUCAUGGUGGGCCUCAUUGUGAUCUGGGCUGUGGUACAGCUAGCUAUCUACCUGACGCUCAAAUAUGUGAGCCACCUCAAGAGAUAAAACUGGAAGUUGUUAGGCUACGAACAGAGCUGCGUGUGUUUUGUGUAUGUGCAUUGAAUGUAUUACCUUUUAC